CUCCCACAAUUAAUCGAACCGGUAACAAACGCGAGGCAUAUUCUCCCCUUCAAGUAAUAAGUAUAAAUGACAGAAAAUACGUGUUGUGGAAGUCGAGUGUAUUAAACUGCAGAAAAUGUGAAGUCAAAGAAGGAGGGUUUAGAUUUGUUCGGCGGAGGGGAGAGUCUAAAUAACGAGGAAAAAAGGCAGAGAAAUCUCGUGAUUCUGGAUUGCUUGAUCAGUUGAACAAAGUGGUAGACGCUCGGGUCUCAUGAGAAAGAGACGAGCUCUGAAUGCGUGCUGCGUCAUCGUAGAAUGGACACACAAGGAGGAAUGUCCCGAAACACUGGGCCUGGUUUGUAUGAGUUCCUUAUGGAAGCAGAGCUUCAACAAUAUUAUCCUGGAAUUCGAGGGGACUUGAAAGUACAGACCACUGCACAAUUGAAAUAUGUAACAGAAGAAGAUUUGAACGCGAUUGGAAUGAGCAAACCAGAGAUGCGUCGUUUGAAGAAGUAUUUUCAGAAGCAUUUUCCACAAAAUUAUCUUUCCAAGUUUAAAAAGAUGCUGUUACCAAAACGGGAUGAACCAACAAUGGGUGGUUUGACCAUGUUACCGGAAGAGAGACAAGAUAGACCCCCUAUUCGUGUUCCUAAUAAACAUAUGAUACCAGCUGAUGCUAUUAUCGUAAAUAAAGAACUAGGAACAGGAGAAUUUGGAGUUGUACAGCAAGGUGUUUGGACAAAUGAUGGGGAGAGGAUACAAGUAGCCAUUAAGUGUUUGUCACGAGAAAGAAUGCAGAAUAAUCCUAUUGAAUUUUUGAAAGAAGCAGCUAUAAUGCAUGCCAUAGAUCAUGAACACAUUGUAAGACUGUACGGUGUAGUUUUGGAUACAAAUUCUUUAAUGCUUGUCACGGAAUUAGCACCUUUGAGAUCUUUACUAGAAUGCCUGAAAGAACCUAGCUUACGUGCUAGUUUUCCAGUUCUUUCUUUGUGCGAUUUUGCCGUGCAAAUUGCAGAUGGUAUGCAAUAUUUAGAAGCAAAGAGGCUGAUACAUCGUGAUCUUGCUGCCAGAAAUAUUUUGGUGUUUUCCAAAAAUAAAGUGAAGAUAUCUGAUUUCGGAUUAUCUCGUGCUCUAGGAGUUGGGAAAGACUAUUAUCAAACAAAUUUUAAUGUAAAUUUAAAAUUACCAAUAGCUUGGUGUGCUCCAGAAAGCAUAUCUUACUUAAAAUUUACUUCUGCAAGUGAUGUAUGGGCUUACGGGGUAACCUUGUGGGAAAUGUUUAGUUAUGGCUUUCAACCAUGGGCAGCAUUAACUGGUCAUCAAAUUUUGGAAGCAAUAGAUGAACCAAAUUUUCAAAGAUUAGAGCAACCAGAGUGUUGUCCAAAAGAUUAUUUUGCACUUAUGCAGCAAUGUUGGCAGCAUGAACCAUCCAAGAGACCCAAAUUUUCGGAAUUAAUUAAUCUUUUGCCUGAUUUAAAACCAGAACAAGUUCAGGCUGUUCAGGAUAGUUCAGAAACAGGUCAGCUUGUUUACAGACAAGGCGACGUUAUUACUGUUUUAGAUAAAGGUAGCAGUAACACAUUAUGGAAAGGUGUUUUAAAUAAUGGAAAAACUGGUUUCUUUAAUCCUGCUCAUACAAUAGCGUAUCUUGGAUCUAAUUUACCAAGUAAUAAGCCUGGAGAAUUUACGCGCGGGGAUGGCAAAAAUGCCUUUUCUUCCCAAAGACGAAAAAUUCGUACGGACAUGAUUUCUUCUCCGCAAGGUGACUUGAAACACACUGGUCACGUUGGAUUAGAUGGAGCUUAUUUUGGUGAUAUUGGUUUCCUUGGUGGGAAAUAUCCGCAUUUACCACGACAGGUAGUUACUCCGUACAAACCACAGGAAGAUGUAACAGAAAAUUCUAGUCAAGCUAUAAACCAAGAUGCAAGAAACACAGAAAUGAACAGGGAAUUAUUGAGGGACAAUAGGAACAUGCAGCAAGAUAUUCAAAAUAAGCAUGAAAAUAUAUGGUCGGAUGCAAGUUCUGAAGUAUGUCACGUGGGUAACUCGAGUAAACAAUCUGUUCCAUUAAACGUAGCUGGCAAUAAUGAUUCUCUUGGAGCAGAUCAUGAGUAUCAUGAGAUCAGUGACGAAGAAAAUCAAGAUAGUCCAUUAAGAUUUGACAAAACAUUAAAUUUUGAUUUUGGUCCAAGUUUGUUGGCUGAAAUGGACCAAAUGUUCAGAUCAUUAGGUUCUUCUCCUCCUCCACCGCCUCCUGCUCAUCCUUUAUCCGCUGAGCACGAAUCAAGUAACGUUAGAAACGAACUAAGGGAGAUACAGGCAAAACAGAGCAAUAAGAAAAAACAAGCCACCGUGAGUCCAAUAAAUGUGAAGCCUAUCUCAGCCGCCGAUCAGAAAACUCUCUACUCAGCCAUUGCUAUGGCACAGGAAUUGACAGCACGUUCCAUGACAGAUCUUGAACAUCCACCGGAGUCUCCCCGAACACCUGCCAGUCCUUCAAGACGCAGAAAGUUCUCUUUUAAGUUGCCACAUCAACACAGUCCCAAACCAGACAGACGACACUUUUCAGAAGAAGCUGCCAGUAUACCUGACAUACAGGCUACGUUGUCCGACGAGGCCAAGGAAGUAUACAACAGUCUGGUGGAAACACCCAGCAUAGAGGCUGCUCCAGAUACGAAUCCAUUACGUAUGCUGCGCUCCGGCGUCCCUAUCGUGAGGCCAAGAAUCCGUGGAAACAAGCACGCCACCUUAGGCCAUAUGGUGUCCCAUCAGGAAGAUCUGUCCAGCGAGACGUUCCAUUUCGACGCUUACAACAGUGGCUCGAAGACGUUGCCCAAAAUCAGGGCACCUCCGCCGCCUCACGCGCCACCUCCUCUUCCCCAGUCGCGGCACCUGGAAAGGCACCAUUCUGCCCAGGAAAUCGAGAACAAUCAAAAUCAGAGUAACGUGGAUGAGAACCCUAUACCCCUGCCUCCGAGGGACAGAUCUAAAACGUUGCAGCCCAAGUCGAGCUUGCCUAGGCAUCAAAGGAAGCAUCCUCUAAUCAUACCCGGUGGCGGAGUCACGCGGACACUUGCUAAAAUGGCGGUGACCACACCGCCCAUAGAAGAUCAGGUAGAUGGUAGUCUGCAAAGCACCAGUUCAUCAGCAGCCAGCAGUGCAUUACAGGAGGACUAUUCAUCGGAGGCUUCAGUUAAUAGUCCAGAGGAGUUUGAACAGCGCAUAGACUCUGAACUGGCAGCAUUGGACACUCUACCUGCCGACGAGAAUAAGCUGCAUCGUUUCAGCGUCAUCUCUGAAGAUCUGCUCGAGUUCUCAGAUAACUUGAUCGACUGCGACUCCUCGGAGUACCGACAGAAUACCCAAGAGAGCAGGAGCGACGUACAAUCUACCGAUUCGUCGGCUCGUUUACAGAGGAAGAUCAGCGUCGAGUCCAAGUGUUCCCUCAGGAGUUCGGCCUCAAAAUGUAUUCAAGAGAACGAGGUAGGAGAGGCGAGUAGAAACUCUACUCCCACAGGGUCUAAUAGAUCCGAGGAUUCGGUGGUAUCCAGUAAGGCUGACCCUCUCUGCGGAAAGCUUCAAACGUCCAGCACGAGGACACCAUUGGUUCAGAGGUCUUCGAAUUACGUAAUGCAAUACGAUUACGACGAGUAUUCGGAGAGCAGCUCACAGAAUAGAUUGAAUAAACAUCAAGCAGAAAUCGCACAGUCGAAAGAGUCUUCCAGCAUCGAUUCCAACGAUGGCUUCCAUUCUGCAAGUUUGUCCAACACCUACAACAGGUUGUCGAAUGAGAAACUGCCGGGUCACGCGAGUGAUUUGUCGCGACAGUCGGACCACGUGUCAUGCGAGGAUCUGUUAGAGUUCGCCUGCGACGGACCAAACGCCAGGAGAACCCGUGGUCCCCGCAAUGGCGAACAGUCGGACGAGGUCAGGAUCAUGAUGAAGGUGUUGCACGAACACUCGACUCCCGAAUCGUGCAUAGCUGCGUUGAACGUCACCGAUUGGGACGUGUUGGCGGCUAUCAAACUGGAGCGCCUUCAAGGACUGCUGAAGAAGGAGAACAAUUUCGUCGGUCUAGAAGAUUGCAAAGUUAUGCUGAACCAGUGUGGAGGUGACGUGGUAAAAGCGGCCGCAUUGUUACGAAGUACCGACGAUACGGCUGCGGUUUAAUUGCUUUGGAACUGGCUGGCCCAGCCAGACGACGAUAACGAUAUCAAGCAUCGUAUGGAGAAGUUAGGACAUGGAAGCCAUUUUGAGCGGGAUACUCUUGUUCUUCUUGGGAGGAAGAAAGAGGGGUUAAGUAGUAUUUUCGAAAACAAAAUGCUUUUUCAUUUUUGCUUUUGCGUUUAAGGAAACGAAGUAGAUAAAUUGAUACAACGUUUAUUUAUUAUUUUAGGAUUAACUAAAGCGAGGAUAGUAUUCGGAUGUAUUCUUUCUUUGUUGCCUAAGGCCAGAUAGGCGCACCGAUUUAGUACGCCAAUAGAGCUUCUCCUGCAAAGAAAUGGUAUAUGAUGAUCCACCAGAAGCGAAAUACUUAAUUGAAAUACUUUUAGAACAAGAAUAAUCAAGACUUUUUUUUAAGUAAGAUCUUGGAUGUCUUUUUAUUAGAUUUAAGCAGCUAAUUAUUUUAGCUUAACACUAAGCAAUAAUAUCUUUUUAUUAUUUUCGGAGCAUACCAUUUGAUUUGAAUAUCUUUCAGUAGCACUUUCAUGACAAAGAUUAAAUAUUCUCUUUUUGGUGGAUCAAUUUAUAUAGAGUAAUAGCUUUUUUUUAUUUAAUUUAACUUUUAGCAAGAAAUUGUGUUUCUUCCUUAUCUAAUGCAAACGUAAUGUGAUAAUUUGCACAAUAAAUUGCUGAUCAGAUUUUGUGAUGUAAUAACCGUGUGGAAUAGAAAAAUAGCCGAAUGUAAGCAUACAGAGUGUGUCAAAAAACUUGCGUGUGCCAGAAUAAAUUGCGAAGUUCUUUACCAUUUUGCAGUUUUUUUGGGGCGUAUAAUUUUUGGGACACUCUAUAUAUGUUUUAUCAAGUGUGUUACUUCCAUAAGUGCAUUUAUUGAAGUAACACUUUGGUCGUGACAUAUAUAAUAGUGUUUGCACUUUUUAGCAAAACGAGUGUUGAGAGGAAGUGUUACGUAGAUCUAUUAAUUAAGCAGUGAAUCCUUGUGUCGCGUGUUACAGUGAUCAAAGCAAUAUGAUCUUGUGUCUCCUUUGUUUAAAAUAUUUUAAAACAAUAAUAGGCGAUUGUGCCUAAGGCCUGAAUGAUCCUUAAAUUGAGCUCUCUUUAAGUUUCUCUUAAAGUACAUGUAUUUCGUAAAAGACAAUCAUUGCUCAGUACUCAACACUGUUCCGCGAACAUAAGAUUAUCGUUGAAAGCAAUUGAAAACCGUUCAUACCUGAAUAUUUCUCCUUUUUAAAGCGAAGAAGAAAAGAACACAAAAAAAGUCUUUACCGAUAGAAACAAGUUUCGAUUCCAAAGAUAAUAUUCACACGGUAUUAUUGUUUGGUAUCAUAUACGCACCGUAGUUUAGCGUUUGACCGUAAUUCAUCACGCCAAGUUUCGAUAACUUGUUACAAUACAGAGAGACACACUCCUCUUAUACUGGUGGAUCGGUUGAUUCUCAAGACUUUUCCUGUAUUAAGUGCGAAUUUAAUCUCAUAAGGAAAUAGUAUUUAGAUGUGUACGAAUAAUCAUAGUUAAUGGUUAGCACAAAUAAGAGAGCGAGAGAGAGAGAAAGAAAGAGUGUGUUUGUUGCGAUAAUUGUAUUACGGUCCAAGAUCAAAGAAGGAUGAUCCUGGAUAAAAGUAUUGGCAAUGCGGAACAUUUUGUAGAAUGUAGCCAAGUAUUUGACCCGGUAGUAGGGUACGAUAACCACCAAAUAUUAUGUAUGAAAUCUCUGUGUUCAGUAGAUUGAUUUUUAUAUUUUGUUAGAGAGCUUUUGCGUUAAUCUUGUUAAGUCGUAAGUAAUCUGGGUCGAUUCGAAUCGAUCAGGGGUUGAAAUAUUGUUAAAGAGUGUGCGUAAAAGCGUAAAUCGAAUCGAACUUCAUUUAUAACUUUUGUCAGAAAUGGAACACACUGUUCAGUUGGUGUCUCAGGUAAAAGAAAUUUCUCUUUCUUUUCACGUACAGUAUCUUGGAUAUCAUGCAAAUUAACAUUACACAUUUUGUACAAUAUUUGCCAUCGUAUAUAACAUUAGUUUCACAACGGAUCGCAUGAGUUCUGAGAUACUUGGUGUAUCGAAAAUGUUCAGCAGCCAUAAGAGUCGACGAACAUAUCCAGAAUCAGAUUCGCUUGGACUUGAGACAACAAUCAGAAUUGUACCGCUUGAUUAAGUGAUAUUUUUCCAUGUAUCUUUUGUACGAGAGCUUUUCUACGAUACUUCCUUUGAACGAUGCUCGAAUCCAAGCGAAUUGGGGAAACAAAUUUGCUCACCGUACUUUCGUAUAAUUGUCUAGCGUGUUUGUAAACGUUUUAUUAAGGAAAACGUAAGAAGUGGUAUAAUAUUAAUCGGAUAAGAACGAUUGGAGAUCCUUGCCGACCGUACUUUUGUAUCCUUCAACGAAGCCAAAUAGGAGCUUACGAAAAUCGCCUAAGUAAUGUUACUUAGUAUCUUUUUGUAAUAACGUUGAACAAUAAGGUUUUCGGUUCCUGAAUAAAAAUACGCGUAUCGUGUA